CAGGCAGGAAGGCGGCCUUGAAGGAUGGCUCCAAGUACCAGCAGCUCCAGACCGUAAUCAUGCCCAUCUCAGAACUGGUGCUGAGCCGGAAGAAGCCUCUGGGUGCAGUGCCCACAGUGCCCAGCGGAGUCCCGGGAAGAAGAGGACCAUGGUGAAGGAGCCUGGGAGGAGCUGGCGAAGUCCGGUGCGUUUGCGGAGGCCGGCACCUGCAGACACCAGCUGAUCCUCAUCCCAAAUUUAGAAAUGGCGUCUAAUUAUAUCAAAGUUAUCACUCUAAUUUCUUUCACUACCAUGACCUGCUGAUAGACCCAUGAACCAAGAAAGGCAGUUGAGGACAAGACUGAAUUUCUGAAUUACAGUGACACCCUCCCAGGACUACUCUCCGUCUGGAGUUCAGAUCCAUCCCAGAGAGUUGGAAGCUUGUGCUCUGCCUUCAAGAUGCUCCUCAGUGCAGCAGAUCACCGCCUUCCUCUCAGUGAUGGAAACAGCAUUCCCAUCAUUGGGCUUGGUACCUUCUCAGAACCUCAGGCGACCUAUAAUGGACUCUGUGCAACAUCAGUGAAGAUUGCCAUUGACGCAGGAUACCGACACAUUGAUGGGGCCUACCUCUACAAAAAUGAGCAUGAAGUGGGCGAAGCCAUCAGGGAGAAGAUUGCUGAAGGAAAAGUGCGGCGGGAGGACGUGUUCUAUUGUGGCAAGCUGUGGGCCACAAACCUUGACCCAGAAAUGGUGCGGCCAGCCCUGGAGAGGACACUCAAGGUCCUCAAGCUUGAUUAUGUGAAUCUUUACAUCAUUGAAAUACCCAUGGCCUUCAAGCCUGGUGAUGAAGCCUAUCCCAGAGAUGAGAAUGGCAAAUGGUUAUAUCACAAGACAAAUUUAUGUGCCACGUGGGAGGCUUUGGAAGCUUGCAAAGAUGCUGGCUUGGUGAAAUCCCUUGGAGUAUCCAACUUCAACCGCAGGCAGCUGGAGCUCAUCCUGAACAAGCCGGGGCUCAAGCACAAGCCGGUCAGCAAUCAGGUCGAGUGCCAUCCAUACUUCACUCAGCCAAAACUCCUGAAAUUUUGUCAACAACAUGACAUUGUUAUUAUUGCAUAUAGCCCCUUGGGGACUGCUAGGAAUCCAACGUGGGUGAACACGUCUUCCCCACCUUUGUUGGAGGAUGCACUGCUAAACUCACUAGGGAAAAAGUACAAGAAGACGGCAGCCCAAAUUGCUCUGCGUUUCAACAUCCAGCGAGGGGUGGUUGUCAUUCCUAAAAGCUUUAAUCCUGCAAGGAUCAAAGAAAACUUUCAGAUCUUUGACUUUCGUCUUACUGAAGAUGAGAUGAAGGACAUUGAAGCCUUGAAUAAAAAUGUCCGAUAUGUGGAAAUGCUCAUGUGGCAAGAUCAUCCUGAAUAUCCAUUUAAUGAUGAAUAUUGACUUCAGGAAACGUCUGCACAGAUUGUCCCUCCCCAUGAAUGCCCAGCCUUUGGGCUGAAUGGUUUGGGACCUGAAAGGAGUUAUACUAUCCUCAGACC